AAGAAGUCUGGUGUCAUGAAGACACAGGAGAAGAAGGAGCGGUGGAAGGAGAAAAAAGCAGUGAAGCGACAAAAGAACGAAGAUGAGGACAAGGAGGAGGAGAACGUCCAGCCGGUGCUGGAUCCCCUGGAGAACGGCUUCCUUCAUCACGCUCAGCGAGAGCAGGAGAGGAUGAACGAGAGGCUGCUGAAGAGGACUUACUCCAAGAAGAACAAAAUGAUCAAACCCUUGGCACUCUGUCCGGUCAAAGUCAGCAUAGACGACACGUUGCAGGAACUCGGUCGACCGCACAGGAGCAACUCUAAGGAGCGUCUCAGUGAGAGCUCCACUCACUCUCUGUCAGGCCACGGCUACUCGGUGCUGCCAGCAGCAGUGGCCCUCCUCAAGUGUGACAGCGAAAGUGACGUUGACGACAAGGUGUCUGAUGUAGGAUCAGAGAAGCUCUUUUCCCCUACCACACCCAAAGGUGUGCCGACGAAUGAGAGUCCCGAGUCCAGGACCUGUAGCUCAGCCAAAGUCUCAGGACUCCAGCGCAGCCAGGAGCAGAGCAACACCGAGGUGCCCUUUGCACCUCCCGUGCCCAGCCCCACCCCGGCUUCGGCGCCCACGGGCUCCCCUGCGCCAGCGGCGGCAGCGGCACCCCCAGAACCCCGUGGGUCCCGCCUUCCCACGCCUCCUCUCGGUGUCAAGAAAGAACAGCCACCUCCACCCCCACCAGUCCCGACCCCGCCCCUGCUGAAGGCGCCGCCCCACCUCCAGCUUCACCCUCCCCAUCCGCACGCACUCCAGGAUCCCCGCGUCCUUCCUCCCCCGCCGCACCACGCGCGGCCCGUCAUCAGCCACCAGGUGCAUCACCCGCUGCAGUACGGCCUCCACGACCUCAGCCACAGAAGCAGUCCAGUGGGUCUCACCAGGCAACACCUGCCUACGUCCCCUCACCACCACCUGAGUGGGCUCCCAUCUUCAGCUCCCAGUUUGCCUUUGUCCAUAGCCAAUCUAUCUACCUCGCACUAUUCCUCCUUACGGAGCCCCGCUCAUCGCCAUUCGGCCAUGUUUGCAACCCCAGCCACACUGCCGCCACCACCGACCUUACCGACCAACAGCUUAGUGGUGCCUGGACACCCUGCCGGCACCCCCUACCCAGAGCAUGACCUUCUGAGGCAGGAGCUGAACAACCGCUUCCUGGUUCAGAGUUCAGAGCGGGGCCGGGGGCCGCCUGCCUCGCCGCUGGCCCCCGUGUCGCUCCUGAGGGCCGAGUUUCACCAACACCAGCACAUGCACCAGCACCAACACACCCAUCAGCACACCUUCACGCCCUUCCCCGCCAGUCUUCCCCCGGCCGCCAUCCUCACCCCGCCCACCGCACCCCCCAUGGUGCGUACCCAAGCCAGAAAUUUCGACAAAUACACCCCCAAGCUGGACAAUCCAUUCAUCAGACAUUCAAAUUUCUUCCCCUCCUAUCCCCCAACCAUGCCAGGCAUGCCCCCGCUGCUCCCACACUCAGGACCCUUCAGCUCGCUGCAAGGAGCCUUUCAGCCCAAGGCUUCUAAUCCCAUCGACGUAGCAGCACGUCCCGGAGCAGUCCCUCACACUCUGCUACAGAAGGAUCCACGGAUGAGUGACCCAUUCAGGACAUCUGUGAGGAAACCUGGCAAGUGGUGUGCAGUACAUGUCCAGAUUGCAUGGCAGAUCUACCACCACCAGCAGAAAAUGAAGCAAAUGCAGCUUGACCCUCACAAACUAGACAUGAAUGGGAAGCUGGACCUGUUCAGUCGACCCCCAGCCCCAGGAGUCUUCCCGGGGUUCCCAUAUCCCCACGACCUGGCACGACCCCUCUUCCCUUCCACAGGCUCUGGACACCCUGCUCCCUCGCCUUUUGGCCCCGCCCCUCAUCCCAGCGGCUUCCUGCCUCCUAGCCAUUUGGCAGGUAAGUAUCCUUUCAGUCGCUCCAGUUCCUUUGGCGGCCUCGGCAACCUUUCAAGCAGUGCCUUCGGAGGAUUAGGCAACCCCUCGCUUGGGUCCAGCAGCGUGUUCGGCUCCAAGGAGGGUCCAGGAGGACUGCCCACGUUUGGCAGCCCCCACCACGACACCUGGAAUAGGCUUCGACGCACGCCGCCGUCGUUUCCCACCCCGCCGCAGUGGCCCAAAACGGCAGACACGGAGAGAAGCGGCUCAGCCAACAGCCACGACAGAGAAAGAGAGAGGGAGAGGGAGAGGGAGAAACGAGACUCGUCCAUUGGUAAAGAAGAGAAGGACAAGGACAGGGAUUCUGUGGAUCGCAAUCGUCACUCCAACCGUUCUUCUCCAGCAUCAGCACCGGUCAGCUACCAAAUCAGCAGCCUCAUCCGAUCAAACAGCCAGAACUCGAACGAUUCAGGUCGGCACCACAGUGGCAGCGUGGACCGGGUCCGGGAGGCAGAAAAGGAGCUACUGGAGCGCCAAAGAGAGUCUUCCAUGCAAGCUGAYGUGAAGGUGAAGGAGAGCCGCUCACCGGGCAAGGAGAUGCUUGAGAGGCGACCCUCGGAGGACUCCAUCAAACCUGCUCAGCGCUCGCCUUCGCCCUACUCUAAGGCACUGAUCAGUGAGCAGGGUCUGAAGAUGGCGGGUGGGCUGCCGUCUUCUCUCAAGGACAUCGAGAGGAAAGAGCCCACGCCUACAGACUUCCUCCACAAAGUGAAAAACGACAUGAAAAUUAAGGAGGAGAGGAAAGAGGAGCAAGAGGUGAUGGUGGUGAGUUCAGAGCCAGCACCCCAACCGCCCCCCCACACUCUCCCGGUACCGAUCAGCCAACCAGGAAACCCCCAUCACAACCAUCCACCUCUGUCCCAGCAGCCUCCUCUUCCGUCACCUCGUAGUAGUGACAUCCCYGCACCUGGCUUGCACGGUGUCCCCAUGGCACACUCUCUUCCACUUUCCAUGAGUGGCAUGCCCCAAAUGGGGAGUCUCAAUGUGCUGGACCGAGCCCGCAUGGCUCCCUUCAUGGGAGUGAGCCCCCUGGCAGGAAGAGAGCGCUUACCGCCCUCAGCUUUCCCAUGGGACCCGCUCAGAGAGGCCUACCGCAGCCUGGACCUGCAGCGGCGCAUGGACUUCCAGCUCAGAGCCGAGCAAGGACAUCGCUUCCCCCCCAGCGUCUACGAGCAGGAGCGGGCUUACCGAGAAAGAGAGGCUCACGACUACUCCCACCACGAGCACCUCCUGGAGGUCCGCAGAGAGCACGAGAGGAUGCGACAGCAGGCCGAGGAACGAGAGCGCCUUCACCUGAGGGAGGAACUGGACAGAGCACGCCUCCAUCAGCUACACCAGUCCCCAAUGGAGGGUCAUUUACCCCACAUGCCCCCAUUUAUGCCUCACCUAGGAGGCAUGCCUUAUCCAAGGCUUAGCCCCUCCACGGGACACAACGGUCCUCUGAACAGAACACCCCCUACCGCCGCACUAAGUGCGCCCCCACCACUUGUGCCAGCCGGCAGUGCUAGGCCAGCCUCACCCAGGAGGACUACCCCCCUCACUACAACCCAAGACCCAAGGGACUACUCCCCAUCUCGCAACCCCAAAGAAGUAGAGGCUCGGUAGCUUCUCGGCACAGUGCACAAAUUCUUAGAAGGCGCACUCUCAAACCCCAUUCCUCCUAUCUGGAAUCUUGUGAACAAAAUGCACUGCUCUUCACCAGGACAGAGCAAAACCUCCUAAGAGAAAGGGUAAGAUUGUACAAAGUAAAGGUGUGUAAGGCUGAUGAAGCACAUGCCAUGACUUUAUUUUUAGUGUACUGAAUAAAAAAUGUCGGUAAAGAGAACACAAAUAUGUGUAGGUUUAUUUCCGACUUAAAUAUUUGAUAAUUAUUAAUAUAUUAAUCCAAUACUUUUUCUGCUCUGUGCCGACAAGAAGGGUCCUAAAAUGAGUUUGUACAUUUCCUAUCCUUGUUCCAUGUAUAGAUAUCAUUUCUAUGAAUUUUAUGUAUUUUGUGCAUUAGUCCUGCCUUUUACAAUAUUUAUCCCAGCUGAUUGUGAGACAUAUCCCUUAUGAUGAUGUAAAGACUUGACUUUGAGCUCCAMUGUCAGUAAUUAAACCUCAUGGUACCAAGAUAUCCUCAAAGAUGACAAUGUACAGUGCUACAUUACCAACUUGUUUUUGUUCAUUUKUUUUGCCUUUGAGAUAUGCAGAUAAAUAUAUAAAUAUUAUGAGAUCUUUGUUCGAUCUGUAAAGAAAACUGAUGUAAAUAACCUGUUGAUAUUCUUUGCUGCAAGAUCGCAUUGUAAAUUUAUUAGUCUUUUUAACCAUUUCUAGAAAAACAAAAUUAAAUGAAUUGUGGAAAUAUUUGCCUGAUGAAAAUCAUUGUAACAAACCGGCCAAAAGAUGGGAAGUAAGGAGGGUGUUGUACGGAGGCCUGAAUGGAUCAUCUGCAAUCUAUGCAAAGCAGUACACAACACCCUAAUGAAGAAAUCUGCUGGGAGAAACUUACAAUACUGGUGAAAUUGAGAGAAACUUGGAUUAGCACAUGUUUAUAUGUACCAAUGAAAUAAUGAUGGGAUUAUUACGACUUCCAAGUCACAAACUGGACCAGCCUCAGACAGAAAAGGACACUUUUUAGUGGACAGCAAAAGGACUUUCUCUGUCAACCUUGUGGUGUUGUGCAGUUGUUUUUCUUAGACUCUUGUAUACAAAACAAGUAGAGUUUUAGGCGUGAAAAAAAAAAGGAAAAUGAGCAUUCAUGGUUUAAAAUGUACGGAAUAAAGUUUGGACCUAUUGUCA